AUGAAAUUAAUAUUUUUGUUCCUCUUAGCUAGUUGUUUAGUAUUGGCUUAAGAUAAUAUUAAUACAAGUGGAGAUGAAGCAUUAGAAAAUAUAAAGAAAUUAGAAGAGUAAGAAUCAGAGGCAAUAAAUUCAACUCAGGAUUUGAAUCCAUAAGAAAAUACUAAUGAAAUAAAUAAAAAAGAAGAAGAGAUAGAAUCUAUAGAUAGUGAAGAAUUGGCAGAUAUUAUUGAAGAGGCAGAAGAAAAUAUGUUUGAAUUACUUGAAGCAUUAAGACCAUUAUUUGGGGUAAAUAAUGCAAUAAAAUAUAUAUUAGCUUAGAUUUGGUGAUUAAGAUAGAGAUAGUGAUGGAUAAGUAAUUGAUGAUCAAUCAGAUUCAGAGAGUAAUGAUGAUACACAAGAGAAACCUGCAAUUUUAGUAGAUCCUGUUGAGGAUUUAUUAAAAAAAGUUGAUUAAGAUCCUUUAAUGCUUUAAUGGGAUUAAUUAAUGAAUGAUUUUGAUCCUGAAGAUUUACUUACAUUUGAAUUAUAAUCUGGAGCAACAGAAGUAUAAAUAUAUUAAUAACUAAUUAUAGAUUCUAUGUGAAACAAUUAAGAAGCCAACUACUAUAAGAGGAGCAUAUUUUAUUCCUUAAUUUAGAUUAGAUUAGAAGAUUGAUUUCUAUAUUAAGACAUCUAAUAAUACUUUAUUGUAUUCUAAAGAAAGAGUUCAAGAAGGAAUCUUUAAAAUAGAUAUUCCAGAAAAAGGAGAAUAUAAAUUCAUCUUUACAAAUAAAAGAGUAUUCUUUAUUUUAUUAUUUUAGACUAAAGAACCAUUAACAAUAACUUUUGCAAUUGAUGUUCAUGAUUCUCAUUAAGAAUUCCUUAAAUUAGGUGAUUUGGAUCCAUUAGCUUUGAGAAUAGAAAGAUUAUCAACAGCAAUGAGAGUAAAUUAAAUUAAUAUUAUUAAGGAUAAUUAUUUUUAUGAUAAGAUGGCUGCUUAAUAAUUUGAAGGAGGAUUGAGAGAGGUUUAAAAUGCUAAUAAUAAAUUGUUGAUAUUCAGUUUGAUAGAAGUCAUAGGUAUAAUUGCUAUUACAGGAUGGUAAGUCUUUUAUCUUAAAAGAAUUUUGAGUAAUUAGAGAAUUAUAUGA